UAGUGUGUUAGUUAAGUUAAAUUCGUAUUGCUUAUAUGUGUGUUGUAUCGAAUUCUGGCGUUAAAACGUAAACUGUUGAGUGGCAAAUUCUUUACGUCGCCAUUCUUAUUUAAAAGGGUUUUAUUUUGAAGAUUCCUAACCGGAAGAUAUUAAGUUCAUUCUCGCCGGGGUUUAGCAUAUUAGGCUACUUGAAACAAGUGACUUAAAUCGCCUUGUCCUUAAAAUGUCCCACCCAAUACCGACUGACAAGCCUACAAACCCCGAAAACCCCCGAGUCUUUUUCGAUGUAGACAUCGGCGAAGAAAGAGCUGGCCGAAUAGUUCUGGAGCUGUUUGCUGACAUCACCCCGAAGACUGCUGAAAACUUCCGGGCCCUCUGCACUGGAGAGAAAGGCAUUGGCAAAUCCACUGGGAAACCACUACACUUCAAAGGAUGCCCUUUCCACAGAAUCAUCAAGAAGUUCAUGAUUCAAGGAGGUGACUUCUCCAACCAUAAUGGCACUGGUGGCGAGAGCAUCUAUGGGGAGAAGUUUGAGGAUGAGAACUUCCAUUACAAGCAUGACAAAGUGGGUUUGCUCAGCAUGGCCAACGCCGGCCCGGACACCAACGGCUCACAGUUCUUCAUCACCACCGUUGCCACCCCACAUUUAGAUGGGAAGCACGUGGUCUUUGGACAGGUGCUGAAAGGGAUGGGAGUCAUAAAAAUGCUGGAGGCAAUUGACACCACAGAGGAUGCCCCUGUAAAGCCGUGUGUCAUCGGAGACUGUGGUGAGCACAAGGACGGGGACAGCUGGGGCUUUGCCCCCAACGACGGAUCAGGGGACGCCUACCCCGACUUUCCCGAGGACUCAGAAGUCGACUUUAAAGAUGCUGAUAAGGUUCUCUCUGUUGCCGAGGAUGUGAAGAACAUUGGAAACACCCUUUUUAAGAGUCAAAACUGGAACGCUGCUGUCAACAAAUAUAGUAAAGCUCUCAGGUACUUGGAGGUUGGUGGAGAUCAUGUGGAGGAGGAGGUGCAGCAGAAGCUGAAGCCCACCGCCCUCAGCUGCUUCCUCAACACGGCAGCCUGUAACCUGAAGAUGCAGCUGUGGCAGGACGCUGUGGAGAGCUGCGACGAGGCUCUGGAGCUGGAUGAAGCCAACACUAAGGCACUUUUCCGGAGAGCUCAGGCCUGGCAGGGGUUGAAGGAGUACAGCAAAGCCAUGGUUGAUCUGAAGAAAGCUCAGGGAAUAGCACCAGAAGACAAAGCUAUCGGCAACGAGAUGAAGAGAGUUCAGCUCAAGGUCCAGGAGGAGAAGGAGAAGGAGAAGAAAAUCUAUGCUAAAAUGUUUGCUUGAUCAUUUCAACUGAAGAUGCAACAAAUUAAUAUUUAUCAAUAUUUGAAAACAAAAAAAAGAAAAGAAAAAGAAGUGCACUGACGGAGAUGAAGCUGGUGAAAAUGUGCAGUAUUUUCAGUUGACGGCUUCUGUCAUGUUUCUCUGUCGGUCUGUUUUCACCUGUCUUUGCUCUGACUGGUUUGUUCACUGUAGUGUGUAGUUGGGGAGUGUUUAUGGGAUGGC